CGUUUCUGCUGAUAACAUUUGCCGAACAUUCAGUUUCCAUAUAAGACAGAACCUCGUCGCCGACCACGCCCUAGAGGGUCACGUGUUUAAAGUUGCAACAGUUACCACGAUUCCUGAAUGUCACAUCCUGUGCAUAAAUGACUGUCGUUGUGUCUCCAUGAACUACGAACAUAAAACUGCACAAGGAAACUGUCAAAUGAAUGAUGCGAACAGGUACAUGAAACCAGCUGCACUGAGAUACAAAUAUGGAGCAUUGUAUUACGAUCUUGUGAGGGAGUACUCCGUGUCUGAUAAAGGAAGACCUUUGUCCAGUAAAACUGGCCAGUGUGUUAACAGAUGUUGCAAGGACAAUCCUUGUCUCCAGGGAGGGACCUGUCAGGAGAUUUGUGACCCUGCCACAGUGAGGUACAACUGCACUUGUCCUGCCAAUUACACUGGUCAGCGGUGCGAGAAAAUAAAGCAUCCUCGCAAUUGCAUGGAAGUUGCAAAGAAUGGCCAUAACGUGUCUGGAAUGUUUGAUGUGUACGAUUCCCAGAAAAAUAUUUUUAGAGUCUACUGCGACUUGAACUCUGAGGUUGGGUAUGUUUGGACGCUGAUACAGUCCUAUUCGCUUGCAAACAACCACCAGUUUAAGAGUAGCGGCUUUAGUGUGGACCACCCUGUAAACGAAGAGGGGAGCACCAUAAACUGGAAUGCCUAUCGCUUAUCUUUGGCUCAUAUGAAGUCAAUCGCUGAUGUUUCAACCCAUCUCAGAGCCACUUGCAACUUUCCAGCCGAUGGUCUCGUUCAUACUGACUACGCACGCGCAAAACUGGAAGGACAUGAUCUGUUUGGUGUAUGGAUAGCCAAGUGUCGCACAUAUGAACUUAUCAACAUUCGUAACAUUACUUGUCAGGGAUGCACAGCAGGUACUUGGCAAGCACCGAACGAGAUAUGGCACAUUAACAGUGCAGUUAGCGCCAAAAGUGCUGGAUGCCAAUUCAACGGCGAAGCAGGUGCAAGUCCCCAUGAACAAAACUUUGGCCUUUACAACGCCGUCAGUCCAAACUUCCGAUGUACUUCCAGUCAAAGUUCCACAACACAACACUGGAUUGGGAAUAUUCACAUUUACCCCUAACAAACAUUGUACGUUUUAAUUACAAACUAAAGCCUUCUUAUGACCUUCAGCAAAACAGGAUGAAACCAAAGAAGAGACACAUGGUCUCUCUCUCCGGUCUCAUUUUUUUUCACGCUGCCAAUACUUUUUAUUUCUUAUUUUUGCGCUCCUUCGACGGUCAAGGCUGGAAGACAGCCUUUCGUAGCUUAAGUACGGAGGCAGAAUUGAAAAAGUCGGGCUCUCUGCCAACAUUGAUAUAUUUAACUUGUUUAUCUCGAUGGCUGUAAAAGGUUAUUAUA